UCCACGGUGAGAGCCUUACGUCGUUUUAUUACGUUAGCGGAAGUGGUUUGAGCGUCCGUCGGCUACGUCACGUUGGUAUAGUUUUGUUAUGUUGUGAGAAACAGCACACAAUGGGGUCAGCCGACUCAGAGGAGAUCCAUCUGAGGCAUGUGGAAAAAGAUGUCCUAAUUCCCAAGCUCAUGAGGGAGAAGGCCAGGGUGCGCUGUGCUGAGAAAGUUGAAGAACUACCAAAGAUGAAGACCACGGAUGUCCACCGAAUAUGCAGUUCGAUGUCUAAAACACCGGGCAGCAAGCUGGAUAAGGGGUUUAAGCUUUAUGCUUCUUCAUACAUCCACGACUACAAAGGUAGAGCUACAUUAUUUCUGUCUUCCACCAGCUACAAGGACCCUACCUUUUUUGAGGAGUGUAAGCAGGAAUACAUCAAAGAGAAGCUGGAGUUUGAAAGGACUGGGAUUCCAGCAAAGAAUCGGAAACAGAAACUCCCAAAUAGCAUGUAAUGAACAACAUCACACACAAACAGCUCCCCUUCUUCGAAGGAGAAGGUAUAGGGAAUGAGCAUCAGGCCAGAGCUAGAUCCACCUCCUGCACACCUGGGAUACCUGUUCAUCUGGCAGGGUUUAUUGCUGAAAUUGCCACAAGCCUGUGUUUUAUUUAAAGCCAUGGGAUUAGUAACAGAAACUAAUGGUGUGCAGAAGUGGUAUAUAAUCAAAAUGAUGCCUAUUUUUGUAAUGCUCUUUGUGCUUGCAAAACGUUCUCACGUGUUUCAUUAGAAUGAUCUUUCUCACACGAUUGAAUCACCAGGAUUUACAUUACAUUUAACAAUGAUCUUAUUGAUUGAUAGAAUAUACAGAAAGAAGUGAUCAUGGUGCAGUCACCUCCUGUACCUAAACCUGGAAGAUUAUUUUUUUGAGAGUGCAGCUUUGGAGGUGUGUGCAGUCAUUAACUGAGGGAUGCUUGAUAUCUGUUGCACACUUUGUAAUGUCUUUAUAUUCUGUGUGUAAUGACAACAUAUGUGGUAAUGACAAGUUUGGCUAGUUGCCUUCACCUGGCCCGACAGCUUGCAAGAUCAUCUGCAGAAGGUCCAUACUGACAUCCAGAAAAAUCAGAAAAAGAUUACAAACUUGCACAGUUUGUAAAGAGAUCUUUGAUCUUUUGUAACCCAGUUACAAAAUCAUUUGAUCAGGUGACAUAUGCAAUGAAACAUGAUAUUGGGAAUUAUUUUGUAAUUAGUAUAUCAGUGGCAAAUUAGAAAAAGAAUGAAUCAUUAAAGUUUAAACAUCCUCACUGUAUUCCAACAGUCCUCACAUUCAGGUAUCUUUAACUUAAAAUGUACCUGCCUGCGGUGCAGUGGAUCUAUCAAUUCAGUUUCAGCAUUUAAUUGGUUAAAAGUUUUUUUUGAUUCAGUUUAGUUUGUAUUCUGACAUUGACAAAGGAGCCAACCAUCAACCACACUGACAGAACAGUCUAAAUUAGCUUAAUUUAAUAAAUAAGAAUUUUGAAGGGUCAGAUCACUUUAUGUAAGUUUUUUCUAUUAAAAGCAAUUAAAGAA